GCUCCAGCAUGUCCCGCGACUCUUGUGAGGAUAAGGCGGAUCAAAAAAAUGGAUGGAUAGAUGAAUAAAGGAGAAUCCAAAAAUACAUUGCCAUAAGAACCGAAUCGAAUCUGAAGGCUGUACACUUCAAACCCAAAGUCCCAACACCUAAUUGCCUAUUACACCGCGUCAUCAAAUGUUGUCGACGGCUGAGGGAGCAAAAGUGCCUCUGAAUUAUUGCGGUUUAAUAGAGCGCCACGUUGUACUGUACGUGCCGCCUGAUGGAAGCGGCCGAUAUUGUCCGGAUUCCCGUCUUCGAGCCUCCGCCACUACUUGUUCACCGCGGCUUAUUGCUCCGGAUGUCACUUUCCUAUCAGCCUCGUAGGCCACCUCGCUAUUCAUUUAAUUGAGGGACCCCUCAUGUGCAAAGGGAUCGAUUGCCGAGUGCGCGCGCGUGUGCGAGGCGUCGUCGUUGGGGCCCGUCCAACUCAAUCGCUAACAACUCAAAUGACAGAAUAGUCCGCUGGGCCAUUUACCAUGACAUAGGCAAGUACGCACCAAGUUAUAUGUUGGCGGUCACGUGUGUAAGAUGGCUGACGACGCCCGCGUAUCUUUCUUCAACUAAUCAUGUUACGGUGCCUGUGUGUGUGUAUGUGUGUGUGAUUUGUUCCAAGUUUAGGGCUGCAUGACAGCGUUAUGUGCGAGUGUUAGCAACAGCGUGGAGCCUUUGGAUGGGCGCGGGAUCUGCCAUGACUCCUUUUUGGUGUCCGUGUUCUCAGCGCCUUCCGGAAAAAGGAUAAUCUGCCCCCCGAACACGGCCUUCACUGGACCCCUCCGGUUCGUCCUUUCCCCCCCGAAGAGAAGGACCGGAGUGAUAUAUUGCCGUUGUCUUUGGACAAUGGCCCACUCUAAAGCUCUCUCUGGCCUUCGUCUGUUGUGACUGUUGAUUUACAAAUCCGUGUGUAGAAUUUGGCCCACUGAUCUAAUUGUGUUGGUUGCCAUGAAGAAAAGUGGAAUGCAAAGCUUUCUUGUUGGCACUGGCUGUCGUCAUAUUCGGAAUACAUAACAAGCCACCAACAAUUGGAUGUAUAAGCUCCCCGAGACUGUAUAUACCCAGACCUGCCUGUCACAUUUCUUCUUAAUAAUGUAUCACGUGAUGUAUCAUACCCUCAUUAAAAACACCUCAUUUAGCGAUUAUUUUUGUCUGUUUUGUUUCUUUUUCUUUUUUCCCAUUGUUGUGAGGCUCUCCGGGAUCUCAGUAUUUCGGCUUAUUUCUGUUUGGUUUGUCGAGCGCGGGGAGAGCAUUAAAACGCCGGGGUGUAAAAAAAGAGAACACCGCGGGUGUUUUUGUGAGUUGUUGUUAUUGUUGCCGCCGCCGCUCUGAAACAUUCAAUCCAACGCCAAGCUUUUUCCUCCGCUUGCUGUCCCGUCAGUUGUUUCAUGAUGAAGAUCGACAGCAGCCUGAGCGCGCCGCAGCUGCCCGAGUCGUUGUCCCAGGCUGGCCUUCAGUUCACCGUGGCCACGGAGGAGGACUUUGACGACAUCAUGGCCAUGAGCCAGGACAUCUACGGAGGCCUGGACUACCUGCCCACCAGAUACAGCAGCUGGCUGCAGGAAACCAACCGCACGGUCAUUCUGGCACGCAAACAGGGAAAAGUGAUCGCCCUGGAAUCGGUAUGCGUGAUCGACGAAGGCGAGACCAUGCUAGUGGAGGGUCUCCGCGUGGCCCCUCAGGAAAGGGGCAAAGGCGUGGCGGGAGUUCUGCUGCGCUUUUGCUCCGAGCUGGUCAAGUCAAAGUAUCCCGAGGUGAAAGUCAGCCGCCUGACCCGCGACGAUCAGCUGGGUCCCAAGGAUUUCCAGAAGUAUCGCAUCAUAACCAAGCAGGGCAUCCUACUGGUUCGCUUCAGAGCCGAGGACCUUAAGCGCCGACUGUCAGACCUCGGUGGCGGAGAAAGCCAGCCGGCGUCCGCCUCGUUGCCAAAGCCUCCUCCAGUACGUCUGGACCAGAGCGCCGUCCGUCGGCUCUUUCUGACGAGCGACCUGAUGCGCGGGGUCCUCCCGAACGCCACCAUCAUUCAAGACUGGCAGCCGUUCAAGCCAGUGCCCGGCAACAUGGCCAUCCUGAUGAAGAAGGAUAUCGACUGGAUGGUGGACGACGCAUCAAAGCCAAGCGUGGGAAGCCUGUGUACCUUCCCAUUUAGGGUGCCCAUUGGAGAAGACUGGUACUACCUGAACAUCGACAUGUUCGGCAAAGACCUGGAUCUGGUUCGCCAGCAAUUCUUGAGCCACCUGCAGCGCCACACGGCCACUCUGAAGGGUCACAUCAUGUGCCAGAUGUUCCUGGACCCGCCGCUGUGGAAGCCCAUGGCCGACUUUUGCCGCCACGCACUGAGCGUGGAGCUGGUGAAGGAGUACACAGAGCAAUGCGUGGUGGAGUCCGACGUCAUGUAGUCAAGAAGGAACGAGAGAACGGACAUGUCGAGAUUGCGGUUUCGAGGGGAUGGAAAGCAAAGCGACUAACUAACUCUACUUACUAGAUAAGCACCACAGGUCUAUGCCCCCUCAUGUGACGAUAAGCAGUAUUUGGUGUUUGUUUGUUUUAUUUUUCCUUCAGAGCAAAUGGAUGACUGAGCGGUUGAUUAUUUGUUGUCAUGUUCCACACACUCCAGCGCAACCCCACGGGCUCCCAUUCAGGUUGAGAGUCAUGCAUCGUACGGUAGAGUGGAGGCCCGGAUAGCAUCUCCAAAUCAGUGGAAUCGGCAACUCUGAAGACACUUUAAAUUCCUCUUCAAGAGAAUCACGGCCACUGUUAUGAGAUCAAAAUGGCAUUCAUGAUCAGCUGCUUCACUGCUCUUAACUGUGAAUAUAUAUAUACAUACACGCACGCAAUUAUGUUACUAAUUCACUAGCUUUAUCAACUGCAAAAACAAAAAAAAUUAUGGUGUGUAUAAAAUGUGGGGUUUUUUUCUUUGUUUGAGGCUGGGGAGGUGGCUACUUUUGACGCCAAACUAAAUGCUUGAAAAGUGCGGUCGGAUAAUGGAUGUUGUUAAAAGUUACUAAUACCUCAUGUGGGUGGUUCCGUAAGCACCCUGACAACAAUAAUGGCAUUUGGAUACUGAUGAAUGGAAACACCGGAAGAAUUAUUGGGUCGUAUAUUUCAAGUCAUAUUGUUAAAAAAAACGGGACCUCAGUGGUCACAAGAAUAGAAAUAUUUUCAGUAUUUUUACUUUUGAUUGAUUACCUCUGCUCAGAAAGUGUCAAUGAUUUUCGCCGCUGGGCUGGUUUAGGAUGAAUUGACCAACGCGUACAGUACUGUCACCGUCUAACAGAAGGUCUGCAGUCCACAGUCAUGCUUUUUUUAAUUGCAAGGUACAAAAUGCUAUUUUGGGAAUAUUUGAAGUCGUGCAAAUACAGUGGUACCUCUACUUACGAACGUCUCUUCAUACGAAAUUUUCAAGUUACGAAACGCCUCGACAGGAAAAUAUUGCCUCUUGUUAUGAAAGAAAUUUCAAGAUAUGAAAGGUAAAAAUACAGGAUGUGGGCUGCUUGUCGCAGCGCCGAGUUUCCUGAACGCAGCAUACUUCUAGCUGCUCUGCCAUUGGCUAUUACCGAGCAUCUUCCUGGCAUCCCAUUGGCUAAGCGGGACCUCUACCGUACGUGUCUAUGCAUGUAGAUCCUCGUCAUUCGUCCCUCGGGUCAUGAGGCGUUCCGAUAGUUUGACGUAAAUGUAAAUCACCCAAGAAAAAAGUGUUCACCGGUCGGGCGAUCGCUCACUAUGCUGAUG